AUGCCAAGAACUUCAAUGAAUGCUGAAGCUAUUGAACGACGGAACGUCGGAAAGCCAAUUGAUAAUCCGAUUUGCAUCCACGAGGACAAUCAGAGCUGUAUCCGGCAAGUUGAAAACGAGAAGGUAGAUCAGCGAUCGAAGCAUGUUGAUGUGAAAUACUGCUUCAUCAAAGAUAUGAAAAAUAAGAAUGUCAUCAGUUUGCUGUACUGUCCGACCGAAGACAUCCGACACAAGCAAACAGACAAAAUGCAACGCCUGCUAAUUUUACUGCCACUGCUAGGGGUGGUCCUCAUCAGCAGCCACCUCGCCGAAUCGGCUGGAAUUCCGAUGCAACAAACGUCCAUGGUACGACCUCGUUAUCCAAGGCGGGACAAUUUUGCUGCCUACAAUAUUCACAAACUGUUUAAACCUCGAGAUGUGAAUGCGCUGGACGCGGAAAUGGCCCGCAAGGCCAUGUUCGAUGUGCAGCAAACGAUCGCCGAAGUUCAACGCUUGCUAGCCCUCGAUCCGGCACUCCCACGGUUGACUAAGGGAGAAAUCGAAGAGCUUUUUGAGAAUGUUACCAAGGAAGAGCUGGCAAAAUCGCUUCGCGAAGGAGAUCACAGCCGAGCGCAGCACAUGCGUGCGCUGAUGUUGGUUCUACCGUACAACACGAACAAUGUGAACCCGGAAAAUGUGGAGGACAUCUACACGUUGCCCCCCGUGACGAAGGUAGUUGGUGCCGACGGAAUUGCUUCGAAAAACUUUGAACUGCUAAACGCACAAGCUGGAAUUACUCCAGCCAGACAGGUUGCAACCCUCAACCAACCAUCGAGCACAGCGACAACAACGAGGGCAACCCAGCGUCCGGUUUUCCACCAGAAAAGUACUUCAGAAGCGGCUACUAAGAAGCCACUUUCCACAACACAAAUUCCCAUCACAACGAUUCGUUUUACAACUCCACGGCCAACGACGUUCCAUCCGUCGUUACCCAAUACAAUCCGGGAUGAUCCCAAGCCUGCCAGUACGACCCCAGAAACCCAGGUUGGUCAUGCUGAAAUCAACAACAUUCUAGCGUCGAUCGGCUUCGGAAACGGACCUCCGCCAACGUUCCGGCCUCUGCCAGUUGGAAUGACGCCGCCAGUCGGUAUGUCCCUAACGACGCCAACUCGCGCUCCAUCAAGUACCACGGGAACCACUGAAGUCAGUGACGAACUUAAAAUGCUUCUUCGUUCCUUCGGAUUGCUACAGGAUGACAGCGGAUCGGUUGGAAUUACUAAAAUUCCUCCCGUGCAAUUCCAGGAAAUUCCUGAGUACCUUUCCGAUUCGGAACCAGCGAAUUCAAUCAACAAUGAAAGCUUGAAGGUGGAAGAACCCGAAACUGCUUCCAUGGCUCAACCGGAUAUUCGACCCGAUGAUUUCGUAGCUUUCAAACCUCUACCGGACGACGUUCCUAUGCUCGAUGGUGAGCUGGAUCAACUGUUGAAAUCCUUUGGCCUCUUGGAUAACAGUGAUCGGAAGAAAAAAUCAAUGAAAGAGGAAGCAACGGCUGCCCCGGCAGUUGUCAAAUCAACAGCCAUGCAGAAAGCCCCAAUGAUUGACCAAGAUUUGGUCCCCCAAAUGGGUCCCGUCCUUGAAAACCUCGGCAUUCAAACCAUGAAAAAGGAACGCGGCGGUCGAAAGUUCGAAAGCGGCAAAAACUCCAACGGCGUGGAAGCCAAACACAGUCGCCGGACGACCACCAAAGCAUCCAAGAAGAAAAUCGACCAAGAAGACUACCGAAAGUUGGAACAACUCUGGGAAACAAUUCGCGAACUGGAGAAACUCAACACGAACCUGACGGACGAUUCGCUGGCUUCGCUAAAUCUGCGAAACUUCAAUCUCAGCGAAUCGUUGCUGGCCCAGGGUCCAAACCCGCUGGAAAGCUUCAAACCAACCCGAAAGAAUGACAUCAAAAAACGCCAGCAGCCGGCAGCCCAAGCCAGCAAUCCGAACUCACCGACCCGAAUUUCGCUCGGUUUCGGUACCGACAAUUCCACUCUUUCCACCACAACGAAUCGAACCAACCAGAAUAACAUCACGAUCAUCGACGUGGAAUCCGAUGCCGAUCCACCGUCGUCCUCCUCCUCCACAUCCUCCACAACGGUUUCAACUGGCAAAUCCAGCAGCUCGGACGCGGCCCGAAUAUCGGCUCUGGAAGAUUCGUUCGGUGGCGGCGGGCUGGAUCCGGUCGAGCAGCAGCCGCUGCCGCAGCCGAGCCGGAACGGGUUCUACUUUCUGGCCGAUUGGAACUCGUUCCUCGAGGUGGGCGAAGAUCCGAACAAGGUGAUCAUCAACUUUCGACCGCGGGCCGGCGAUCCGAGCCGGUUCCUGCCGGUCAAUGUGCCGUAA